AUGGAUAUUGAAGAAGUUUAUUUAGCAGCUCCACUGUGGCGAAAAAGGCAAAUAAGACAGACAGAAAGAGAAAUAAGAUACCAAAACAGAGCUGAAAGGGCCGCACUAAGAGGUCAUUACCACGUUGCCCAACGCCUAGAGCAAAAAUCGGAAAAGGCUCAUAAUCGUGCUGAGAUUUCUAAAGUUAAAGGCCAAAUGUAUCAUAAUGCUCGCGAAGAAAUCAAUAUCAGGAACAGACCAGGUAUGCACUCUGGGCCAACACCUGCCAAUCCUCUUGCGACUGGAGCUUAUCCUCAGCAUCAAAGCUAUCCCAACCAAUCGGUACCUACAGCACCAGGCAUUUCAGUUUCGCAACCAUCUGGUAAUCAUGCUGCGGCAGUUUAUCCUACUCCUACCAAUUAUCCAUCUCCUAGUAUUCCAAAUGUCCAACCAUCUUACGAUGGCAUAGCUAUCUAUCCUCCAUCAUCAUCUAUUCCUUCGCAAAUUGGCUCUAGUGAAUCUAAACCUCCAAUUUAUCCGCCACCCUAUGCACCCUAAUUCCACUAGGUACAAAGCAGCGGAAUGAAGUUGUUGGCCACCAAUGAAUGUGAAAUAUCAUCAAGUACAUGGUUUCAGUGGUUCAAACUUUUGAUGUCAUAAUUACACUUAUAUUAUUAGAUACUCUUUCAUAAGUCUGACCAUUUGUAUAUACGCAUAUUUUUCAAUAUAUUAUAUAUAAUCAAGCAUAUAAAUAAUUGUUAUUUCAGUCUGUAAAACUGAAUACACCAAGGCGUUAUUAACUUAUUCCUUUUAUUGAUAGAUUGUGCGUUUGAAAAUAUAUUACUAACAUUAAAUAAUGUCUUCAAUAUUACAAUACUUUGCUAAGACAUGUUUUAGCUAAAUAGCCAUUUUAACAAAUUAUUGAAAUCAUUCUCGAUUAUGUUCGAACAACUAUAGAAAAUAU